AUGAUCUCCAGAGGUGCAGGCUCGAUCCUUCGAGCGGCGGCGGCGGCGACACCAACCGCUCGCACGCCGCUCCUCACCCGCUCCAUCGCCACCUCCUUCCCCACCAGGCAACCCAACUCGACCCAACCACGCCAAAACCCAUCCAAUCCCGUCGAAUCCGACUCCACCUCCGCGCUCGACUACAAGCUUGCACACAAACUCCGCAAGCUCCCUCCCCUGCCCUCCCUCGAACCACCCUCCAUCGAUGCACCCUCCGCCGUGUCCAACAUCCUCUACAACACCCCUCCACCGUCCAAAGCGCCGUUCAAACGACACACGCUCAACUGUCUCGUUCAGAACGAACCCGGUGUACUUUCGCGCGUUGCGGGGACCCUGGCCGCACGCGGGUUCAACAUCGAUUCGCUGGUGGUGUGCGGUACGGAGAUCCGAGAUCUGUCGCGAAUGUGCAUCGUUCUGCGUGGACAGGAUGGUGUGAUCGAACAGGCACGUCGUCAACUCGAAGAUCUGGUUCCUGUAUGGGCCGUACUGGACUACACGAACACCAAAGUCAUCGAGCGCGAACUUAUGCUCGUAAAAGUCUCCAUCCUCGGUCCCGAGUACUUCGAGGAGUCCCAACAAGCUUCCACUAGCCCUGCUGGAACACCCGAGUUGAUGCAAGAACGAGAAUCCGACUCCACCUCCAAACCACCUCACCAGAACCAACCGCUUCCGCUGACGCCGACCGAGGCGCUGCGAGUGAAAUCCGACAACAUGCGUUCCGUCAUCGCCUUCGCCGAGCAAUUCCGCGGUCGCGUGGUCGACGUCUCUUCCACCAGCGUUAUCGUCGAAAUGUCCGGCAAGAGCAGCAGGUGCGAUGCGUUCCUGAAGCUGGUUAGACCGUUUGGAAUCCUCGAGUGCGCGAGAUCGGGUACGAUGGUGCUGCCGAGAAGCCCGAUCCCCAGCAGCUAUGCGGGCGCGGAGGAUCUGACGGAGGACGAGGUCGAGGCCAUCGACGCAGGUGCUCUGCCCCCUGGCUAG